AUGCGAAAUCUCAAGACCAUUGCAUAUCGUGAGACUCAGCUCGAAUCAGAUUUGCCAUUAACAGCAACGACAUGGGACACCACCAACAAUACGUUGAUUUGUGCCUUUGGGCCUACUUCAACCCGACCGAUCAUCGAACUCAAACGAAGAAAAACCGUCAAGUCUAACGAUGAAGAAUUUGUGACUAUCUCGUCGUGGGAUGCUCCAUGCCCUCUCCCAGACCUCGAGUGCGAUGAAAUUCUGCUUCUUCAGCAUUUUUCCGACAUUGCCACGACUUGCCUGAUUCUGGCUGGAGGAGAUGUCGUUAUUGUUCGCGAGGAUCCGUCCCCAGACCAGGAAAAGAUCGAGAUUGUCGGUAGUGUUGAUGUUGGAAUCUGUGCUGCUGCCUGGGCCCCAGACGAGGAACUGCUUGCCAUUGUCACACAAGCGGACACGCUAGUACUAAUGAGCAGAUCCUUUGAGCCGCUUCAUGAAGCAGCACUAACACCGGAAGACCUUAAGGUCUCCAAACAUGUUUCUGUUGGCUGGGGCAAAAAGGAGACUCAGUUCCAGGGCAAGAGAGCCAAAGCCAUGAGAGAUCCUACACUACCUGAGACCGUCGAUGAAGGAAAGCCGAGUCCUUAUGAGGAUGGCAAGGCCACCGUCAGCUGGCGUGGCGACGGCCAGUAUGUCGCCAUCAACAGUGUUGUCCCUGAUCAUCGUCGAGUCAUCCGAGUUUAUACUCGGGAAGCCUUACUCGAUAGCGCUAGCGAACCGGUUGACGGAAUGGAAUCUGCUUUGAGCUGGAGACCUUCAGGGAACCUUAUUGCUGCAAUCAAACGGUCGGAGAAUAAAAUCGCAAUCGUUUUCUUCGAAAGGAAUGGCCUCCGACACGGUCACUUCGAUCUGCGCACCACAAAAGAGGAAAUGGACAGCUGGGCUUCUAGUAUUUCUCUCGCGUGGAAUACCGAGUCGACAGUAUUGGCUGUUUCGUUUAAAGACAGAAUUCAAUUUUGGACAAUGGGAAAUUACCAUUACUAUCUGAAACAAGAAAUCCAUCUCCGUUCAUCCCCAAGACACGCUCUCCUGAACUGGCAUCCAGAGACGCCCCUGAGAACAUCCUUUCGCACAUCCGAAUCAUUGAUGGACGUUACGUUCUCUUCCACGGUAUCUCGAGGGAGCACAGUCCCCCCGUUUGACCAUGGCAUUGUCGGAGUCAUCGAUGGGAAAAUCUUGAAACUCACUCCAUUCAAGCAAGCUGGGGUGCCGCCACCAAUGGCAUUCUGCGAAGUGUCCUUUGAUUUCAAUAUCAUUGACUGUGCCAUCCAUCAGGAUGGCCAAAGAAUUGUGGUUCUGACAACAGAUUCAAUCGAACUCUGUCAAUGGGUGACUCGGGCAACCAGUGAUGGUUACAUCAGAUUCACCGCACAAUCGCAGCGUCGGUCUAUACCUUUCCCCUUUAGGGGAACGUCACAUCCUCUUCGAUAUACGCAAGUGGUUCAAAGAGAGAACGAGAUCUUUGUCCUGGCGCCAGCCCAAUCCACGAUCAAUGCAAUAUGCCACAAGAUGGUCUGGCACGAUGACGACUCAACAAUAGCCAGUUUUGAAGACUUUCCCGUUCCUCCUGCUACCGAAAAUCUCAUCCUGGACACCUUCUACGAGACGGUCUUUGGCAUCGAUCCGAGUCAGAACGGCACGUUCCUGCUCCCUUAUAUCACUAGCAUGGCGGAAAUCGAAUUAAAUGGCAGCCAGCCCAACAGUUCCAUUUUCACUCUUCGCGACAGUGAGACUGCUCACUCUCCAAGUGAGAUGAACGGCGCCACGCCUCGAUACCAUAAAGUAUCCCUCAGCCCAAAAGGGUCACUAUACGUCAAUGACACCCUCCUCAUCCGCGAAUGCACCUCAUAUAUCGUCACAUCCGAACACCUCAUCUUUACAACCUCGCAACACCUGAAAUUCGCCCACUUGACAGACCCCUUGGACAUGCACAUCCCCGUGGAUACGCCUGAGAACGAUGAACGAUGCCGCAACGUGGAACGAGGCUCAAAAAUCAUCACGGUCAUCCCCUCCAUCUAUGCUGUGAUCCUGCAAAUGCCUCGCGGGAAUCUUGAGACCAUCUAUCCUCGCCUCCUCGUGCUGUCGGGUAUCCGACAAUAUCUCAAAGAACAGGACUAUCUCGCAGCUUUUCUGGCGUGUCAGACACAUCAGGUGGAUAUGAACAUUCUUCACGACUAUGAUUCUCAAACGUUCCUGGCAAACGUUCCGAAAUUCAUUGACGCACUCAACAAACCCAGCCGUAUUGACGAAUUCUUGUCGAAAUUAAAGGAUGAAGACGUAACGCAGACGCUCUACCGAGACACUUUGAAAGCUCAGUCCCAAACACCAUCGGAAACCACCCAGCCUAACCGCACCAAAGUCAAUACGAUAGCCGACGCAUUCCUCUCCGUCCUCUCAUCCAAACCCUCUCCGUACGUUCAAAACAUGAUCACAGCACACGUAUCGAAACGCCCACCAGACCUCGACAAUGCACUAAUCCUCGUCUCGUCCCUCCGGCACAAGUCAGACGAAGAGGCCGACCUGGCCAUCUCACACCUAUGUUUCUUGACGGACGCAAACCGCCUCUUUGACGCCGCUCUGGCCCUAUACGAUCUCGAACUCACGCUAUUGGUGGCGCAGAACGCUCAGCGCGAUCCUCGAGAGUACAUUCCAUUCCUGCAGUCGCUGCAGGAUCUGCCCGUGCUGAGACGGCGAUAUCAGAUCGACCAUCACCUUAAGAAAUAUAGCAGAGCCUUGGUCUCUCUCCACGCGCUAGAGGCACAUGACGAAGUGAAGAAUUACACUGUCAAGCACAACCUCUACACUAAAGCCAUAGAUCUUUACAAGUACGACACAGUGCACCUGACCAGCACGACCAGGCUGUACGCAGAGCACCUGUCGAACCAAUCGCAACAUUCCGCCGCAGCGACACUAUUCGAAUCACUUGGUGACUACGAGUCCGCAUAUCCACUGUACGCCCUAGCUCACCGAUGGCGUGAGUCGCUAACAUGUGCGACCCUUGUACCCCUAGACUCGCAACGCCUCUUCAGCCUCGCGACAUCUCUCGCGACAACCUGCGCCGAUGAGUCGCGCGACUACCGCUCCGCCGCAUGCAUCCAUACCGACUACCUCAACGACGUGCCCGGUGCCGCUCGCCUGCUCUGCAAAGGCUCGUAUUUCGCCGAAGCCUCGCGGAUUCUCGCCAUGAGAGGCCUCGUGUCCGAGAUCCCCCUGGUCAUUCACACCGGCCUGACUGACAAAUUCGGCGAAAUCCUCGAACUCGUCGCAGAUUGCAAGACCCAAUUGAAUGCACAGAUCCCACGGAUCGCAGAUCUGCGGAAGAAGAAAGAGGAGGACCCCCUCGCCUUCUACGGUGGUGAUCCGAACCUCGUGGACGCCAAUAAUGGUGCAGAUAUUCCAGAUAAUGUCUCUCUGGCCGCCACGGACGCGAGUACGCUCGGUGGACAGAGCUUGUUCACGCGGUACGGGUCCAAUGCCGGCAAGUUCGGCGGGACAGUGGCUUCGAAUAUGUCGCGGAAGACGUCCAAGACGAAGCGGCGAGAAGAGCGGAAACGAGCCCGCGGCAAGAAAGGGAGUGUGUAUGAGGAAGAAUAUUUGGUUGCAAGCGUGGGGAGAUUGAUUGAGAGGGUCAACGGGGUGCAUGACGAGGUCAAGAGAUUGAUGAGAGGGCUGUUGAGACGAGGGAUGCGAGACCAAGCGGCCAAGGUCGAUCAGGUGCUGAAAGACAUCUGUGAACAGUGCUCCAAGGCAAGGAUUGAGGUUUGGCAGGUUCCGCAAGAGCAGGGGCCGGCUGAGACCACCCACGAUGUGAAUGGAGCAGGUCGUCCUUCCGGGGCUGAUGGAGUUCUUUGGGAUAGCCAGCAGGAAAUCCAGAAAAUCAAAGAAGCACCUGAAGUGAAAGUGUGGACUUCAAGUGAGCUUGUGACCUCAUCAGUCUAA